UCCAGGCGGUAAGUUUGCAUGAAAAUUAUGUUGACAUUUUUUGUUAUGUGUCAGUUCUUGGUGGGUUGUCUUCGUCUGCUUUAUAGUUAGUUCAUGGUUAGAUGAUUGUUUUAUUUCACAUCGUUCAACAUGAAGAACUUCACGGCAGAUAUCAACGAGUUCUUGGCUACCAUAAAAGAAUUAUUGUCAUCAGAAAGUCAAAAUACUAGCGUCAACAAUGGGAAGAAGACAAGCGCCGUCUUCAAAGACUUUAAGUUUUGUCUAACUGAUUACUCAUCGAAAGAAGUGAGUGAGCUUAUGUUAGAAUGGAAUCAACGACCUGCGAAGAACAGUAAAGUAAUUCUGGUUGAAAAAGAAGACUUACUCAAGCAUCUUGAGAAAGAAGACAUCAGUCUUAACAAUGAAUCGAUGGAGGAGACGGAGGGAACUUUGGGUGAUUCCAUUAGGAAUGAAGGGGAGGACAGCUCAUUACGUGAUCCGGUGUCCGUUGACGAAGCCAGGUAUCUUCUAUCCAUUCACAAUCUGUGUACAAAUUCAAACCGUUCACUGACGUUGGACAAAAGCACAGAGUUUACAGUUCCGGACAUGCUGGUUAUCUGUGACGGGAAAGACAACGAGAACAUCGCUGUGAUGGGAUGCUCCUCUGUAAAGGCAGGGUCAGGUGACCAUCGAGGUCAAAGGUCACCAGGUGUGUCAGUGACUACCGUGUCAUGUUUUGGUCCAGUCACAUCCAAGUCAAGUCUUCUAACUGUGGAUCAGGUUAUACAACAGAGUGGUAGUCUUGCAAACAAGGAGAGUGUGAGCACUACAGCCUUUGCCCAGUACGAGAUCGUAGGAAUGUCUUAUCAUGAGGUCUCUAUGCUAGAUGUAGCCAGCCAAACACAUACAUCAGUCACAAUGGACUGUAGCUGGGAUAAUGUAAAGGGGAUGCUGGAGAGACCUCAUAGCGCAAUGUGCAACGUGCAUGUGUGUGCUGUGGCCGGUGACAUGAGGAGUGCUGCUCAUAGUAUGUACAGAGAAUUAGCAACGCUUGUGGGUUUUACAGAAGGGUUGAAAACGGAGGAGUUAGAAUGGAACACGAAAGAGUCAUCCAAAGAGUCAGUAGAGGAGGCUGUAGCAAGACUCAUAGAGAAAGAGAAGCAAGGUCCGCAGAGGAAACCAGAGCCAAAGCCGCAGACUUCAAUCCAGGAUGGUGAAACCGAUUUAGACUCGCUCCUUCGCUGCUACAUCAUCCCGGAGCGACAAGAUCUCUACUUCUCAGAAUCCCUGUGGACGACCCUGUGGUCGACAGCAACCUGUUAUGAUGACUUCAUCAGAGCCUUCUCAUUGGUCUUUAGUGAACUGAGAAAGGGGGAACUUCAACCAAUUGUUCAUGGAGAUAAUCAGAGCACAUUGGCCAAGAUGAUCAGAGCGUCCUACCAGCAGGAGAUGAAUAAGAUCAACAUUGAGGGCGUCGACAAUCUCACCAUGCUUGUUGAGAUCGGUCUGGACAAACUCAGAAGGGAUUACACAAACUUCUUCAUCGCUAGUGAGCUGACGACCUUAAACCAGCUUCAAUGGUACAUCAAGACGUCCGAGUCCUGUGACAUCGUUGAGCAGGUGUUACGUCUCAGAGCUCUUCACAAUGUCCUGGAGGUAGCUGUGGUUUCUGUCACCUCGUUAAAGCUACCCCCUGAGCAUCGUAGGUCACUCGUCAGGUCUGCCUUAAUAUAUUACCAGUCACAUCCUGAGGAUGAUUGCCACACGUUCAGCCAACCUGUAGAGGCCACCAUUCUACAGCCACUCUAUACAAGUUACCAGCCUUCUGUCUGGAGAUUGAAUGUGAAAGGUAAUGCGGGGACCUGUUCAUCCUAUCAGCUGAGUGUUAAACAACCCUUACCUCAUGUCAUUGGUAUUAAUCCAGAUAUGAGUAUGGGUGAUCUGACAAGUGGGGAAACGUUCUGUUACCACGUGGCACACUCAAGAGAAAAUACCGUCUCGUUUCUGUGAGGGACGUCUUUGCCAGAAGGUAAAAUGGCAAUGUCUGUGUGAAUUACUUUCUUAAAGGGAGGAUGCGGCACUUUUUUCAUGAAAAGAAUUGGGGCUAAAUAUUUUUCUUUUUCUUGG